CCCACUUCCUCGGCUUCUUCUUCUCAGUGCUCAAACACUCGAAACCAAAACAACAAGAGAAGUUACAAAAACAAAAAUGCCUUCUUCAUCUAUAAUUCUGGUUUCCAAAUGCACAAUUGUUCCUGAGCAGAAUUCCACAAUCAAAUCUCUGAAACUCUCGGUUUCGGAUCUUCCGAUGUUGUCCUGUCAGUACAUCCAAAAGGGCGUUCUGUUCAAUUCCCCGCCCUACUCCAUUAACGACCUCAUCAAUUCGAUUAAGCAGUCUCUCGCCGUCGCUCUCGUUCACUUCCCGGCGCUCGCUGGCCGUCUCGUCACCGACGACGACGGCCAUGUCCACAUCGUCUGCAACGACGCCGGCGUUGAUUUCAUCUUCGCCAAAGCCAAGCACCUCUCCGUCGACGGCAUUCUCCCUCCGGACGACGACGUUCCGGAUUGCUUCAAGGAGUUCUUCGCCUUCGACCGGACUGUCAGCUACACCGGCCACUUCAAGCCUCUGAUGGCCGUCCAGGUCACGGAGCUCGCCGACGGAGUCUUUAUAGGGUGCACGGUCAACCACGCCGUCACCGACGGGACCUCUUUCUGGCACUUCUUCAACACCUUCGCCGAGAUUUGUAAAGGAGCGAAGAAGAUCUCGAAGACACCGGAUUUCAGCCGUGACACCAUUUUCAACUCACCGGCCGUGCUCCGGUUCCCCGCCAGCGGUCCCAAGGUGACCUUCUCCGGUGACGAGUCGCUGCGGGAGAGGAUCUUCCACUUCAGCAGAGAAGCGAUACAGAGGCUAAAGCUCAGAGCCAACAACGGAAGCAUCGUCCGUACAUCUAAAGCGACGCGUAACGGUUUUGUUAAUCCUGAUUCGGCCGAGAUUUACGGAAAACGGUUAAACGAUCGAACGGCUGCGAUCUCUGCUUUCCAGUCCCUCUGCGCGCAGCUCUGGCGAUCCGUCACGCGCGCGAGAAAUCUCGAGGGGACGAAGACGACGACGUUCCGGAUGGCGGUGAACUGCCGGCACAGGGUGCGUCCUCCGAUGGAGUCGCACUACUUCGGGAACGCGAUUCAGAGCAUUCCGACGUUCUCCGCCGCAUCGGAGCUCCUGGCGAACGAUCUCGGGUGGUGCGCCGAUCUGCUCCACCGAAACGUGGUGGCGCACGACGACGCUACGGUGAGGCGGGGAGUAGAGGAUUGGGCGAGGCAGCCGAGGCUGUUCCCUCUCGGGAACUUCGACGGCGCGUCGAUCACGAUGGGGAGCUCGCCGAGGUUUCCGAUGUACAAUAACGACUUUGGGUGGGGGAAGCCGAUGGCGGUGAGGAGUGGACGGGCGAACAAGUUCGACGGGAAGAUCUCGGCGUUUCCGGGGAGGGAAGGCAACGGGAGUGUGGAUCUCGAGGUGGUUCUGGCGCCAACGACCAUGGCCGGUUUGGAGGCCGAUGAGGAGUUCAUGCAGUACGUAUCUGCGGUGGAUUUUUCCUCUCAGUGAUUUGGGCCGGAUUGGGUUUGUUUCGGGCAAAGGAGAAACGGAAAAAUGAGACGGCGUCGCUUUGGCCGGAUUGGACUCGUUGACAUGGUCAAGUUGUUGUGUAGUAGUGGGGGGGUUUUGUAUAUUUGCAGCGUUCUCUGUUAGUCACUUUCUCCACGUGACUUUAAAAAAAUGUUUUUAUAUAUUAUAUAGUAUAAAAAAGCUUGCUUUUUUA